AUGACUACCAACCUCGAGCUCAACUCACCCUAUUCCUCCUGUGAACUGAAACGCGUGCGUUCUAUUGACUUUGGUAUUUUUGAGCCAGAAUUUCUAAAGCGCAUGUCAGUAUGUGAAGUGACAUCAGCGGAAUUGUACAAAGACGGGCUUCCCAAUUCCUGUGGGUUAAACGACCUCCGCAUGGGCACGACAGACUAUCGCAUAAACUGUUCCACCUGCAACAUGGACGUGAAACAUUGCCCUGGCCACUUUGGCCACAUAACUCUGGCCAAGCCCAUGUACCACUAUGGAUUCAUCACUACAGUGAUGAAGGUCUUGCGCUGCGUCUGCUAUAACUGCGGAAGGUUGUUAAUAAGCCCCGAGGACCCCCGUGCCAUGGCGCUCAAGAACAGGCCGGGGGCCCAAAAGCUACACCGGAUGGCAGAGCUAUGCGUCUCGCACUACAAAUGCGAAACGAACAUAAAAGGCCAGACGGACGGGAAGGCGGACGGCAAUGGCCUGACUAUGGGUAGCAUUUCGGGCCUUUCAAACGGCGCAGACGAGCCUAUCGACGGCAACCCUGUUGGUGGGCCCAAAGCGGAGCAGAACGGCAGUGUAAAAAAAUUGGAUGGCAUUGGCAUGGGCUGCGGGUACCCGCAGCCAAAGUACUACAAAGAGGGCCCGAACCUCAUGAUCCAGUUCAGCGACAAGCAGAAGGAGUUGCUGGGAGAGGCCGACGAGUACAUUGAGGGCAAGCGCACGUUGUAUGCAGAAGAGGCACUCGAGAUUUUGAAGAGGAUUAGCGAGGAGGAUAUGAAGGCGUUGGGGUUUAAUCCUGCUAGGAGCAGGCCCAGUUGGUUGAUCCUAACAGUGCUGCCCGUCCCACCGCCAUCCGUGCGGCCCUAUGUACAAUUUGGGUCAGAUCGGUCUGAGGACGAUCUGACGCUGAAGCUGAUGGACAUAUUAAAGACCAACAGUCAGUUAAAGAAGCAGGAGGAGCGGGGUGUGGCCGCUCACAUAAUACAGGAGAUGUGUCAGUUGUUACAGUUUCACAUAACAACAUUAUUUGACAACGAGAUCCCAGGUAUGCCCGUUGCAAGCACAAGGUCAAAGAAGCCAAUAAAGGCCAUCCGGUCUCGGCUCAAGGGCAAAGAAGGCAGGUUACGGGGCAAUUUGAUGGGCAAGAGGGUGGAUUUUUCAGCACGUACCGUGAUAACAGGCGACCCUAACAUUCCAAUAGAUACGAUAGGCGUGCCAAAGUCCAUAGCAAUGACGUUAACAUUUCCAGAGACGGUAACACCGUUAAACUACGCAAUUUUGAAGAAGAAGGUGGAGAAGGGUCCGCAUGAAUGGCCCGGUGCUAAAUACAUAGUUCGCGACGACGGCACGCGCUACGAUUUGCGCCACGUACGACGUCCAUCAGAGCUCCAGCUGGAAUACGGGUACAAAGUGGAGCGCCACAUGCAAGACGGCGACUACAUUUUGUUCAACCGCCAGCCAUCAUUGCAUAAAAUGAGUAUAAUGGGCCACAAGGCGAAGAUAUUACCCUACAGUACAUUUAGGCUGAACUUAAGCGUGACAAGUCCCUACAAUGCGGACUUUGACGGCGACGAGAUGAACUUGCACCUGGCCCAGACCCACGAGGCGCGCAGUGAGAUAAAGCACCUAAUGCUAUCUCCAAAGCAGAUAGUUUCUCCGCAAGGCAACCGGCCGGUGAUGGGCAUAGUACAGGAUUCAUUACUAGGCGUGAGCAAGUUCACCAUGAAGGACACCUUUCUCUCCCGCGACGUGUUGAUGAACCUCUUGACGUGGAUUCCAUACUGGGACGGGCGCGUCCCCCUACCCUGCAUAUUUUACCCACAGCGACUGUGGACAGGCAAGCAGGUGAUAUCAAUCCUCCUAUCGUUUGACCAGGCGCACCUACAGAACCAGAUCAACAUAAACUUGCGUCGAACCUCAGGUUUUUCGUCAGUGACCGGGCAGGGCAGCGUUAGGGCCCUGGAGAUGAUAGACAGCGAGGUGACCAUCAGGCAGAAUGAGCACUUGACGGGCACAAUUUGCAAGCGCACAGUGGGCAGUUCAUCUGGAAGCCUAAUUCACGUCCUGUGGCACGAGGCGGGCCCAGAAAGGACCAAGGAUUUUAUAACAACGCUACAGAAGGUGGUGAACAACUGGCUGAUAGAAACCGGGUUUACAGUCUCUUGUUCAGACAUUAUAACGGCGGACACCACUUUGGACAUGGUGGCGGAGUCACUGGGCGCAGCCAAGGACAGAGUGCAGCAGCUAGUGAGCUUGGCGCAGCGGGGCAAGCUGGAGUGCCAGCCGGGGAAGAGCUUGUUCGAGUCAUUUGAAGCCCGUGUGAAUAAGGAGCUGAACGAGGCGCGCGAGCAAUCUGGACGCAUCGUGGCCGAGAGUCUGGACGAGCAGAACAACAUAUUGGCCAUGGUGAAUGCGGGGUCCAAGGGGUCAUCUAUAAACAUAUCCCAGAUAAUAGCCUGCGUAGGCCAGCAGAACGUGGAGGGCAAGCGCAUCCCCUUCGGCUUUUGCGACCGAUCGCUCCCUCACUUUAUAAAGCACGACUACGGACCGGAGAGCCGCGGCUUCGUGUCCAACUCCUACCUCAGCGGGCUGACGCCGCAGGAGAUGUUCUUCCACGCAAUGGGAGGGCGCGAGGGCAUUAUAGACACGGCCUGCAAGACCUCCGAGACGGGCUACAUCCAACGGCGCCUGAUAAAGGCCAUGGAAGACAUAAUGGUCCACUACGACGGCACGGUGCGCAACUCGGGCGGAGACAUCCUGCAGUUCCUCUACGGAGAAGACGGAAUGAACGCAGAGUUCGUCGAGGACCAGCCCCUGGAGCUGCUGGAGCUGGACAACCAGCAGCUCUCGCGCAUGUUCUACCACGACUUCAAAGACGCCAGCUACGGAGUCGGCUGGAUCCUGGACGACCAAAUACGAGAGUCCAUACUGACGGACUACACCAAGCAGAUGGUGCUCAUGGACGAAUUUAAACACCUCCUAGAGAUGAAAACCCUAAUAUGCCGCGAGGUCUUCUCCGACGGGGCGGCCCGCCAGCACCUGCCCAUCAACAUCCGCCGGCUCGUCGAGUACGCAAAGACGCAGUUCUCCUGCUCCCCCGAGGCCCGACGGCCCAUGUGCCCCGUGGACGUCGCACAGCGCGUGAGAAAGCUGCUAGACGAGCGCCUCAUCGUCAUACACCGGGCCAGCGCCGCAGACUACCUCUCGGAGGAGGCGCAGGACAACGCCACGCUGCUCAUCCGGGCGCACCUCAUCCCCGCGCUCAACAGCAGGCGCAUCCUCGAGCGCGAGCGCCUCAGCCCCGCCGCCUUUGACUGGCUGCUCGGCGAAGUCGAGCGGCACUUCAACCUCUCGCUGGUGCACGCCGGCGAGUGCGUAGGCGCCAUCGCCGCGCAGUCGAUCGGAGAACCCGCCACGCAAAUGACGCUAAACACCUUCCACUUCGCAGGCGUAGGCUCCAAAAACGUCACCCUAGGCGUACCCCGGCUCAAGGAGCUGAUCAACGUCGUCACCAACGUCAAGACCCCGUCACUGACGGUGCACCUAGAGGACGCGGUCGCGCGCGACCAGGAGCGCGCCAAGGACGUGCAGCUACAGCUGGAGCACACCACGCUGGGGCACGUGGUGUCCUACGCGCAGGUCAUAUACGACCCCCACGUCACUGACACCAUCGUGUCACAGGACCGCCAGUGGGUCUGCGACUACUACGAGUUCCCUGACGACGAAGUCGCGGUGGGCAGCCUGGGCCCCUGGCUGCUGCGCGUGCAGCUUAGCAGCCGCGUCAUGACGGACAAAAAACUCACCAUGCGCGAGGUCGGCGAGUGCAUCUACAGGGAAUUCUCCUGCGACGAGCUGGACGUCAUUUGGACUGACGACAACUCGGAGGACCUCGUCCUCCGCAUCCGCCUAAAGACGGGCUCCGCGCAGGCCGACGCCCCGACGGCCGCGGAGGACGUCUUCCUGCAAAAGCUCAUGUCCCAGUACCUCUGCAACGUCACGCUCCGCGGCGUCGCCGGCAUCACCAAGGUCUACAUGCGCGAAGAAGCCGUGACGGCCUACAACGAGGCCAAGGGGCAGUUCGAGCGCCGCAACAACUGGGUGCUGGAUACCGACGGCUGCAACCUGGAACAGGUCCUGCCCAUACCGCAGGUCCGCUACUCGAAAACCAUCUCCAACGACAUCACCGAAAUCUUCAACGUGCUGGGCAUCGAGGCCGCCAGGCGCGCGCUGCUCCGCGAGCUGCGCGCAGUCAUCAGCUUCGACGGCAGCUACGUCAACUACCGCCACCUGGCCCUCCUCUGCGACGUCAUGACGCACAAGGGCCACCUGAUGAGCAUCACCCGACACGGCAUCAACAGGGUCGACAGGGGCCCCCUGAUCAAGUGCUCCUUCGAGGAAACGCUGGAAAUUCUCCUGGACGCGGCCACCUUUGCCGUCAGUGACGGACUCUGUGGCGUCACGGAGAACGUCAUGAUGGGACAGCUCUGCCCGCUGGGCACGGGCUGCUUUGACGUGCUGAUAGACGCGGACAGGCUCAAGGACGCCAACCAAAGCUUCCAGGUCGGCGCGGCAGGCCUGGAGUACUCCGACCUGAGCUCCAACGUCAACUCCCAGACGAUGUCCCAGACCAGUCCGGACCGCCAGUUCUCGCCCGGACACCUCUCGCCCGGCCAGUUCUCCUCGCCCUCGCAGGCCGCGCUGCUCCUCUCGCCCCUCCUCGUGACCAUGGAGCCUCAGCAGCCGGGCGCCCAGGGCGACGGCGGGGGAGUCGACACCCGCGCGCUGGGGGGGACGUUUUCCCCGGUCUGCCAGUCGCCCACGAGCCCGACCUCGCCGAUGUCGCCCUUCUCGCCCCGCGUCCUCUCCCCCUCCAGUCCCCUCUCGCCCCGCGUCCUCUCGCCCUCCAGCCCCCUCUCCCCGACGCUGCCCCAGCGGGCCUACUCCCCCCUCUCCCCCGUCUUUGAGGCCGCCAGCGUCUACACCCCGGCCUACUCGCCCACGAGCCCUUCCUACGCCGGCGCGGCCGGCGUCUACUCCCCGUCCUCGCCUUCCUACCACGCCGCCGCCGGCGUGGGGGCGCAGCCGCUCAGCGUGACCAGCCCCGAGUACUCGCCCACGAGCCCGCAGAUGAACCUCGCCAGCCCGGCCGGCGGCUACAGCCCCACCUUCAGCACGACAUCGCCCAAGUUCUCCCCCACCUCGCCCGGCAUCGCCUCCCCCGUGGGGGACUCGGCCGACGCCUUCGGAAUCGCAUCCCCCUCCUCUCCCUCCUACCCCAUGUCCCUCGUCUACGACAUCGUGAGCCCCGUGGGCCCUUUGUCCCCCGACCAGCAGUCGCCGCAGCGGCCGCCCGAUGACGCAGACCCCACAGACCCCUUUGACCUGUAG